AAUCGGUCAGUCACUACACAAUCCCAGGAGGCGGUGCCCGGGCGGAGCUGCUCUGGAAUAUGCCGAUAUCCCGAACCGUCAGAACAGCCAAAAUCCCCCGAACCGGAGGGCGAAGCAGUGACGAGAUUCCCCGCACAGAGCCGGAUGACCCCAGUCAGAGCAAGAGAUCUCCCUCAUCACCACAAGGUGGGCCCAAGAAGAGAUCAGCGUUUGGAGACAUUACAAACGCGAAGCAGAACCCAGCGAUUGUGACCAGGAAAUCAGCCGGCAAAAAACCUGAAAGCACCGUCACCCAGGAGGUGUCCAAAAAUACCGCAAAUCUUCCCAAAAGUUCUGGGCGCAAAGCCCUCCUGGACAAUGGUCCUGAGCAGAAGGAAAAGAGGAGCAGGCCGGUUGUGGACAAGGAGAACCGGGUACAAGUGCCGGCUGAGCCCAGCGCAGUGACAACACCAAAGAAGGAACCAGAGCUGCAGAUUCCUGCUUAUGAUGAUGUUGAUGAAGAAAACCUGAACGACCCAUUCCUGAACGCAUUGUACGCCAAGGAUAUCUUCAACUACAUGAAGGAGCGAGAGGAGAUGUUUGUGCUGAAGGGAUACAUGGAAAAGCAGCCAGAUCUGAACAUUGAGAUGAGGGCAAUCCUGGUGGACUGGAUGGUGGAGGUGCAGGAGAACUUUGAGCUGAACCACGAGACUCUAUACCUGGCUGUGAAGCUGGUGGAUCACUUCCUGGCCACCACCAUGUGCCUGAAGGAGAACCUGCAGCUGCUGGGCUCCACCGCCAUCCUCCUGGCAGCCAAGUUCGAUGAGCGCUGCCCGCCUUGUGUGGAUGACUUCCUGUACAUCUGUGACGAUGCGUACCAGAGGGAGGAGCUGCUCUCCAUGGAGGUCAACAUCCUGAAGACACUGAAGUUUGACAUCAACAUCCCAGUGGCCUAUCGCUUCCUCAGGAGAUACGCCAAGUGCGGCAGAGCGAGCCUGGAGACGCUGACCCUCAGCCGCUACGUCUGUGAGCUGACCCUGCAGGAAUACGGCUUCAUCUGGGAGACAGCCUCCAAACUGGCUGCCUCCUGCCUGCUGCUGGCCCUUAAGAUGAAGGGCCUGGGGGGAUGGACUCCGACCCUGGAGCAUUACACGGGAUACAAGGUGGCUGAUCUGCAAUCACUAACCCGACGUCUGAAUCUGUUACUUUACAACAGACCAAAUGACAAGCUGAAGGCCGUGCGUUAUAAGUACUCUCACAAAGUAUUCUUUCAAGUGGCCAAAAUCCCGCCAAUGGAUGUGCUGGAGCUGGAGGAGCAGCUGAGCUGUUGAUGUGGAUGUGCUGAGCUUUGCCGAAAGCCAUAUACUAUAGUACACCACCAGCCCCACUGGCUUUGUACAUAGUGUGUAAAUACUUGCCAUCGCUCAGUAUCUCUGAUGUAUAAUCUGUGACCUCUGCUAAAAUGAAGCGAUUGUGUAAUUAUUCCUAGAAAGGCCAAUUAUUAUGAGGCAGCAAAAAAAAACUUUUAAGACUAACAAAACUCUAAUUGUACUUUUGUUUUAAAAAAAAUACUCUCUUCCUUGUUGCUGUCCUAAACUUGCGCCCCAUGUAAAACAAACCCCACUCCCCUGUCAGAUAUUUCCUGGAUCUCGUUUUGCUUUCGAAAAAUGUACUAUUGAACCUGCAAACGUUCCCAGUGUUUUUGCUGAUCGUUAAAUGUAAAAGACAUUGUUUGUGUUAAGAGUUCCUUACUUUGUAGAUUUUAUUUUUGCAUUUUUUAAAAAGUUUUUACAAAGAGGACAGAAGCUGCAAAGUGUGGAAACGUUGUGUUAUUUGGGAAGUUUGUAGCUAAGUGGAAGAUGUUUGCCGUUGGUGCCACAGGGAGAGAAACUUUUUCCCCUCGUUCCUGUUGAUGCCCUUCUCAGUGUGUGGCACUGGCUUCCUCGUCACUAUUUCCUCGUGCCCUCGGCCCCCGGACAGGACAGCCCUGUCGGGGUGACUUUCUCUGCCGGAUUGAUGGCCGAGAGUGAACUGACCAACAGCUCCUCCCAGUUCACGGCAUCUCUCCAGCAUCUUCCACGUCUGAUAACUUUUUUUAAAAAAAAAAUCCCAACUUUUUGGUGCAGGUUUGUAAUUCGCACCUUUGAUCUCUGUUUAAUUGGGGGGAAAGUUAGUGAGAGGGGGAGCGCUGCUGACAGCGCAGGAAAGCGUCCCUUUCCCUGUUGAGCCCCAGAGCGCCCACUGACACCACCUUCUGUCUCCGAGCCGGUCAUUGCUUCAGACACAGCAGCCUUUGGCUGCGGGAAGCUCUCAGCCAUUCAAAGUUCCCAAAUGUUGCAUUGUUUGUGUUUCAAACUAUUUUAAGAUUUUGCGGAUAUGUUUUGUGUAUUUAUAAAUAACUUUAAAGAAGUCUGUGGUACACUCACAGCCGUGAAUAGCUCUGGUGUUUGUGUCCUGUGGGGUUGUGCGGGUGACCCUCUGUGUUUUGAGUGUUCUUUCACUCUGGUGUUCAUGUUGUAAAAUAAAAUAAAUCCAUUACGUUA